CGAAUCGUUGCGUUUCUACUUUUCUGAGCAACUUAACCUCAAUUUCAACAUGUCUGGACGCGGCAAAGGCGGCAAAGUCAAGGGAAAGUCAAAGACUCGUUCCAACCGUGCUGGACUUCAGUUCCCCGUCGGAAGAAUCCAUCGUCUUCUCCGUAAAGGAAAUUACGCCGAGCGCGUUGGUGGAGGUGCUCCGGUCUACCUCGCUGCUGUCAUGGAAUAUUUGGCCGCUGAAGUUCUCGAGUUGGCUGGUAACGCCGCUCGUGACAACAAGAAGACCAGAAUCAUCCCUCGUCAUCUUCAAUUGGCAAUCCGCAACGACGAAGAGUUGAACAAACUUCUCUCCGGAGUCACCAUUGCCCAGGGUGGAGUUCUGCCAAACAUCCAAGCAGUGCUUUUGCCCAAGAAAACUGAGAAAAAAGCUUAAACAUUCAUCUUCGAUAAAACAACGGCCCUUUUUAGGGCCAACAAAUAUUUUUUCGUAGUACAUCUCUGUUAACAACUAUUUUUGCAUCGAUACAGAAUCAGUAGUAAAUUGCCCCAUUUGAGUAACCCAUUAUUUGUGAGAACUUGGAAAUUUUCGUAGGUGAAAUUUUACGUUGAGAAGUGCAUAAUAUUCAUUGAAUCAUUUU